AGUGAUGCUACCGAUGCCACCGAACGCUCCACAGUCCACAUUGCACAUUGCAUUGCACAUUGCACUGGCUCGAGUGGAGUGUGGAGUGGCUCGUCGACGAGGAACGGGCAGGAACGGGUACACUCGCCAAAAUCUCGUAUGCCAUAUACAUUCCACUGUAUACAGAUACGCAUAUUUUGCGUGUACGCGCACACACACACGUAGUCCAUUAAUCACAUAUGUAUAAAGUUGGGCGCUUCAAGUGCAACGCAACGACAGGUGGAGACACCAGGCCGCGUGAAAUUCCAGUGCCAGUAGUGCCAAGUGCCAAGUGCCAAGUGCCAGUCAAGUAGUCAACUCCAGUUGAAAAAUGGCGGACUGCGAGAAGGAGGAGGCACACAAUCUCCAAAUGGAGUUCGAGUGGGUGCUCCACGAAGAAGUGCACUCCUCGUUGUCGCAGCUCCGAAACAUUUUGAUGGAGUGUGCUCAACGCUUCCCAUUGGCUCUCUUCGGUAACGAUCAGCACAAUAAAACUGACAGAUUUGUCUUUGCGGCCCCGCAUGAUCAAGUAAAGUGCGUUGCUGUGCUGACGGGCGACAGUAUUACAAAUGCGGAAGUGAAUUUUAAGGUGCAGCGACAACAGAAUGUUAAUAUGAGGACGAGUAUUCAAAGUGAACAUCCGUGGAAGUUGCAACAAAUUCAAGAUGCUGCUAACCACUUGCAGCAAGGCAUCGCCCAUAUAGACAACGUAGACAGACAUUAUCUUUUUAAAACGUCGGAUGAAGUUAUGCAUGUGCUAGGUAAUAUCCUGGGCUGCCUUCAGAGGAGCAGAACUAGCUUGAUCGUCCCUAGGAAGAAGACAAUUGAUGAUCUCAUCAAGAGUCGGAAUAUGAAAUCUCUCAAUCCGAACCUUCCAGAGAACUUGGCCAUUAGCUUUUACAUUCAAAGCUACAAACUGGUUUUAGCUGUUUACCAGUUAGAAAAUGCUCAUGGUAGCGUCAAGUACGAAACUCAACAAGCGGAAUGCAGCGUGCCAUGGCUGAAUGAUGCUCUCGUAUUGCUUACUAUUGCCCUACAACUUUGUCAACGACUGAAAGACAAGAUAUGUGUCUUUUCUCAAUAUAAAGAUUUUACGGUAGGUUCUCGAGUUCCUUCCGUGAUGGGCUGGUAACCUAACACCAAAAUUCGUUUUUUCGAAUAAAACUCAGCGUACGACGGUACAUGCAAGUGAGAGAGAGAUAGAGAGAUUUGGCCUCAACUGGUAACAUUUGCUCUGGCCUUUGUUUUUACAUAUGUUACGUGUUGUCCUUUUAUCGUAUUUCUCAUUGCACUAGAGUUCUAAACGUUUUUAAACGUGAUUAUAGUGUGCGCCUAGUGUAUAGUAAUGUAUGGUGUAUUGUAAGCUACUGAGAGAUACCCGAUCAAAGAUUCACAUGGAGAGGUGAGUCAUCAAUGGAUAAUAACAACGUUGCUGUAUUAUUGGCCAGAAAUGGAAGAUUUUGACAACAUUUUGCCAAUUACUGGUGUGCCUAUCACCAUGUUGUACUGUGUUCUUCCCAUUUCUGUGGUAGUUUUCCAUGAUCGUGUAAAUCUAACUUUGGCAUAUACCUAACAUCUAAAAAUUUGUCAUUUUAUCUACGACGUGAUAGAAUGAUAUUUAAUACGUCUACUGUGAUUCUAAAAAUCUACGCUGUAAUCCUCUCCUUACUGGAUUAGAACAUACUUUCGUAUAUUAAUCAGUUCUUUAUUUUCUUCAUUAUAUUCUUCAUUAUAGAUUUUUGCGUGUAUAUUUACCCAACGCACGUGUGUGCAUAAUUACCAUAAAAGCAUAAUUUUUAACUUAAUUUUGUGGAACUAUCAAGUUAUUUGGGAAAUAAGCUUUUACAUAGAUAUAUUUUAACUUUGUCGCAAUGCUUGGUGAAAUUUAGGACCAGAUUUCUGUCAAUGUCGGUAAUUUAUUCAUAUCAUAAGUCAGCAUCAUUAGAGUGAGCGUGAACGUUAAAAUAAAAUUGAAAUCUGAAAUUAGAAAAAAAAGGAACGACUCUUGCCAAUAUUUACUUUCUAAUCUUUCUAAAUUUUUCAAAACAUUCGGAAUGUAAACUUUAGAUGCAAUAACUUGGUAUCUCUUUGCUAAUAAGAAGGCGUACUAACUUAACGAUGAUUACUGUGUGUAUAGUUAUUGAAAAUGCCAUUUUAUUUAUCAAGUAUUAUUUAAAGAUAAUAAGUAAAUAAAUACCAUGUGCCUCACGAGAUUCCGAAUUUAGAUAAAAUACCAAUACUUUACAAGAUGAUACAAUUUUUGUAAUCGAUAUUUUGAUUACUAAAAUUGUUACAGCGCGGAAAUAAAUAGUGUGUAUAUGUACACACACACGCGCGCGCGCGCGCGUAUUUGAAAAAGAAAAUAUUGCCAAAGAGAAUGUUGCUCUAGGUUAUUAACAGUAGGGAAAGGAUUAAGAUUUAUAAUUAAAAGAAGUGCUUAAAUAUAAUAAGUAGUUAGUACGUCGUUUAGUAAAUUAAAAAUGUGUAGGCAAAAAUAAAUCUCUAUAUGCAUUUCUUUGACGGUUUAGUGAACGUGUUUAAAAUUAUGUUUCAAAGAAUUAAGGAUAUAACAAUUAUAAUCUCUUCGAGAAAAUUUACACAAAAGUUUUUGUGUGUUAUUGGAUGAAAGAAGAAAGUUAAAUUUUCAUUCGACACAUCGAAAAGUGGAAAGAAAAUCUUGCCCAAGUCAUUAUUGUAUAGUAUUUCCACAAGAUUUAUAUAUAUGUGUAUAUGUUUAUAUCUAUUAAGAUACAAUGUUUAUAUAUUAUUUUAAUAAUUUAUAUGCUUAUUUUAAUCCGUAUUGUAAUCUAAUUCGAGACGACAGAAAGUUGUAAUAUUUUAAAUAUUAAAUUUAUAUACAAGAUAUUGUUUAUUGUUACAUAUAUUGUAUGUUAUAAUUAUAAAUACGAUCCAAACACUGGUACAUUUUAACGUUGUCUUGAAACUUUAUUAGGUAUAUUAAUUGUACUUAUGUACGUUACGUGUUUAAUUUAUUUACGACAAUUAAAUAAAUGUAUGAAUUAAACCAUUA